UGUCACUGCACAAUCGGAUUAUCGCAUGAAGGAAUUUGGAAUUGAAAGGGCACAAAUCGAAAAUAAAACAAAGCACUCUUCGUCUGUGUUUCUGUGAUGGGAUUAUUUAUUUUGAAAAAUUGACAAGCAUUUCUCCAGUGAUCUGUUACUAUAACAUUAGCAUUAGAAAUAUAGUCAAUAGUCGAAAAAGAUAUGGCCAGUGCGGAUCGGAUCGACUUCGAAAUGGAAGUGGAGGUAGAGAGUGCAUCUUCGGGCCCACCUGUGGAACCACCUAAUCCUACUUCGCCAGCUCCCCCUGCUACUCCUGGAGGAGCCACAAAAAGCGUGGUAGUCACGACCGCCACUUCGGGUUCAGUCACAGUGUCCUUACAUCCUUUGGUUAUCAUGAACGUAUCUGAACAUUGGACACGCCUCAGAGCACAAGAAGGUUCCCCACAAACAGUGAUUGGAGCUUUAAUUGGAAAACAAAAAGGCAGAAAUAUAGAGGUUAUGAACUCCUUUGAAUUAGUUUUCCGUGUUAUUGAUGGAGACAUUGUUAUAGAUAGGGAUUACUAUAAUUUAAAAGAAGAACAGUGUAAACAAGUGUUCUCGGACAUGGAUUUCCUUGGAUGGUACACUACAGGGGAGACUCCAACAGAGAGAGAUAUAGCUGUUCAUCGACAGAUUUGUGAUAUCAAUGAGUGCCCAGUUAUGCUUAUGCUCAAUCCAGCAGGACGAAAUGGAGAGCAACUUCCAGUGGUGUUGUAUGAGUCGGUGAUUGAUGUGGUAAAUGGUCGUGCUACAAUGUUGCUAGCACCACUCACAUACACUCUUGCUGCAGAAGAGGCAGAGAGAAUUGGUGUGGAUCAUGUAGCCAGAGUCUCGUCUGGCGAGGCUGCUUUAAAUAGUUUAGUGGCGGAGCACUUGACCGCUCAGCGUUCGGCGAUCAAGAUGCUCGUAUCGCGCGUACGAGCGGUGCUAGCUACAGUGAGAGCCAUACGCGACGGUACUUUACCACCACGACCGGCACUGCUGCGGGAGGCGCGCGCGUUAUCCAAUCGACUGCCGCUGCUCACUUCGCAGCAGUUCCGAACACACUUUUAUAACCAAUGCAAUGACGUCGCACUAAUGACGUAUCUAGGCACGAUUACAAAGGGCUGCAACGCAAUUAAUCAAUUGGUAAAUAGGUUUAAUGUGUUAUACGACCGGCAGGGGAUGGGGCGACGCAUGCGCGGACUAUUCUUUUAGGGGAAUUAGUAUCGUAUUCGCGACAUAGAAAUUGUGGAAAAAUCAGAUUUAAAAUUACUAUACUAAAUACCAGUAAGUACAAUGCUUAUCUUAUAAUAUGGAAUCUCUGAAAUUAGAUACGGGUUACUUUGUAAAAAAUAAUGAUAAUCGUCGCCAAGUUAUAUGAUGGUAUUGUAUAUACUUUUGAGCUCGUUUAUGUUGCCAGUGCAUUAUAGAUAUGCAUUAUAUACACUUAGAUAGACACGUUUGUUCGUUCGUAAAGAAGGAAUAAUAGAUGAUGUCUUGUUUCAAAGUCGAUAAAAACGUGUGUUAUCCGAAAAUCGACUUAAUUAGAAAUUACUUCUUAUGUGUAUUUUUCCAUAUAUUCUAUGUCGAAUCUACUGUAAGAUAUUUCAAUGAAAAAUAUAAUAAUAAGUUAUGAUAUUAUUUCUAUUUUAAAAGAACUGAAAUCAAAACACUAAAACAUUGAAAAAUAACAGAAAUAUUUUUAAUCCAAUAUUUAUGUAUUGGUUGUAUUCAUAACUAAUUUCAUCAUCAUCGUCAGCCUAUUAAUGUCCCGACUGCUGGGGCACAGGCUUUCCCUAACUAAUUUACUUUAUCUCAAAAGACUAAAAUGGCAGUAAUACGUACCUUUCUAUAUCAGUCAGUUGCCUAGCGUAGUAGCUUAAUAAUUAUUGUGUGUACUUUAAUAAAUAUUUUUUAAGAUAAAUAUAUCUUUUAUUUCAAUUCAGUAUUGUUAGGAAUAAUGGUUUCUCAAAAGAAUCUUAAAGUAUUGAUACGCUUUAAUUUUUGAUAGUGAAAUACAUCUUUGUACCAACGGUAUAAGGUAUAAUAAGUAUCAUAACACAAUGAUAACUCCGAUACUGGUAGUACAAAUGAAAAAUAUUUUGAUGAGACGCAAUAAAAUUUAUUUCGCAUCAUACUGGUUGAGUAUUCUCAUAAUUACACAAAAUUAACAAACUUUGGACACAUUGAGAUUCAUGCUAUGGAAGACCUUUUCGUAGAAGUUGAUUCGUCUUGUGGUGGCACUAUAGUGAUUUUGCAUUUUGCCUUUUAUAAUUAUCAUAAUAUCGAUUUGCAUAUAGCUUAAUCGCCGCACUUGGAUCGUGUUAAAAACUCAAACUAUAUUAAUUUUAAUCUAAUUGCAUAUUUUUUUAACUGAUUUACUACGUGACAAUAAGAACCAUAUUCGUAGCAACGUAAUCGCCUUGACUUUACGGACUCAAGUGUCAAAUAAGUCGACAUUCAGGUCCACUUGCGGCUUUCAAAUUUGCUAAAUCUCGAUUUAUCUUAAACUAGCUUUAACCCAUAAAAGUAACUAAAAUUAACAUUGACGUUUUGACAUUAUUUAAUGGGUAACAUCAUGUUUUAGUUAUUAUUUUAGUAAGUGGGCCCUAUAGGCAGACCGUUUAACUGAGACCUGCGGGGGAAAACCUCCCCCACACCCUGUACCGCGCAAGCGAGAUCUCAGUUAAGCGGUUUACCUACAGCUGGUUGAUACGUUUCUGAAUUUAAACGUUGUCAUGAGCUAGUUAAUAAAUAGCAUCGGAACGUUAAAGAGUUCUUAGCGAAAAGAUAAAAUACUUCAAAUAUCUAGUGCCUCCAUCAGACUGAACACAUGACAAUAACUCAAAAGGAGCAUUCUGUUUGGUUAUUGUAUUUCUAUCUAGUUUUCUUAAAUAGAAAAAGCAAAGCAGGUUAAAAAAUUAAAAUACAACCUCAAUAUAUACAAUAAUACUUAAAGCCAUAGAAAAAAAUCAAUGAAAUUAAGAGUAACAGAUGCACUGCAUAUUUGAACUCGUUGGGUGUUCCAUUUAUGCAGUGCCAAUACUUUUGAGUUACAGUAACACAUACCUAUUUUAAAGAACAUAAAAAUUAACAAAUAAAGUGUAGUUAUCCAAAAUGGUAAUUAAGACAAAAUAUUCCAAUAAACUUUAAAGUAAUGCUUGGCAUAAAGUUAGCAUAAAUUCAUUGAUAUGAAAUGAAGGUUUUUUUUAUCUGAACUAGUUAUUUUUGUUUCUAUGGCUUUUUGUAAUAAUUAAGUAGUUAUCUGGUAAUUUUUAAAGUGCUCAUUUUAAUAUUUUUUGUUAUUUAAGUGCCUAAUGAUGAAAUUAAGAAACAGUAUGAUAAAAUCUGUCCCUGUUAUAUUUUUUUUUUGUAAAAUUGUAAUUGUAAAUCACGUUUGAUUAACUUCUUAUCAAUCAUAUUCUUAACAUUGUUGUAAUAACUUAUUAUAUAACAUUACACUUGUACUGUAAUCGAUAGAUUUGUAUAAAAAUAUUUUUAAAGUUGUUAAUAUUAAUCGAAUCAACGCUAUUAUUGCUUUUAUUUAGCUACUUAAUAAAGAGUAUCUAAAAUUGUGUAAAUUGUAACAUAUUCAUACAAAAGAGAUAUUAAUAUUUACGAUAUAGGUACAAAUAACAUCAUUUGCAGUAGCUCUAAUUUUAUAUGAAUGUACACUACUGGAUUAAAUGCAACUUGUGGGCAAAAAUGUUUCAUGACAGUAAGAGCAAUCGAUCAUUAAGCCACUAAACGUGACCACUAGUGGCUCAGUUAAGCUGUGGCCGCGAUUAGUGGCUCAGUUAAGCGAUGUGCUAGUUCUAACAGUUGUUACGGCACUUUAAUGCUUUUACAAACAUGAGACUUACUUCCCUUGGUGUAGCUAUCGUAUACGGACUAUGGGAGAGAGUUUACAAAAUAAUUUUAAUUAAAAUCACAAAUAAAUAGCCCCCUUUCGUGAAGUCACAAGCAGAGUUUUAAUUAACGAAGUUCCUAUUUAUUAGUCUCUCAUUCUUACUUCAUAUCUAUAGAAGUCCCAAUUUCCCCUAACACGCCGGAAUUUCUGUCUGACCAGCUUAGAACGGGAUUGCACAAACAGUUAUGUAAGAAUGUAUACAAAACUGCAAAUACACAUUGUCGAAAACAAAACGAACGAAAAGGUUAAAAGUAGGUACAUGCAAAAAUAUCACCGUUCCAACGUAUAGCGGUCCGUUCACGCGUUUUGAACUCUAUGUCUUUCGUGAUAAGGGCGGCGUCGCGUGUGCUAUGUGUCGUCUGGUGUCUUCUCGAUGCCGAUUAGUUCGUCAAACAGUGAGUGGUUGUCGGGUAUCACGUGGGGCUCGUGUAGCGUCUGCCGGGCGAAUUUGAGCACCGCUCGCGUUAGCUGACCAACUGUCCACUUUCUGUCUACUAUCACUCGAACCAGGGUAUCUAGCUUGAACAGCUUCUCAUUCCCGAAGGUGUAGUAGAUGAGGGCGGGUACUCCAGCCACGCUGGCCGCGAGCCACUGCAGUAGCAUCUUGAGCUGGGCGUGCCCGCGCUGUCGGCUGCCGCAGCCCCAAUUUCCAGUCGCCACCGGCCGGUUGGAACCACCUGACACGAUUUUGUGCGCCAAUUGGCUCAGCUUUGGUUUCUUUAGUUUUACAGUGACCGGUUCGCAUAUGACGUUCUCUUCGAUCGUUUCGACGAUCAUGUUUAUCACCCAAUUCAAUUUUUUCUUCCUAACGGCAGGAUUAGAUAUUUGCGUAUUGCACGAUUCGGUUGAGGUGCUGAACUCUGAGCAAUGUCUACUGCUUGUCUCCGCCACAUCUGCGUCUCUUAUCUUGCUGCUUUCUAGUAUCUCUUCCGGGAUACACUCUUUAACUUUACGUUUCAGUUGCGCGGCGAGGCGAUGCCGGUGGCGUGCCAGCUCAAGCGACAGAGAGCGCGCGGCGAGUGCCAGACGGCGCGGUGCAGCGCGGUCGCGUCCGUCCCGCCCGUACAGCUCAGCGGCUUCCGCGGCCCCUUCUGACCCCACGCCGGGCAAAUCGCACGCCAUAGAUUCACUCAGGGUGCGCUUCAGUAGUGACCCCGCGAAUCUUAUCACAGCCAAAUCUCGGGAGUCCAAUUCCCGUGCUUUAUGUUCUCCAGAAGUCGACUCUACAAUUGGAUCGUUUAGCCACUGAUUAAAUUGCUCGUAAACCUCUUCUAAUUCUGAUGUGUAUUCAGUGCUGAAACUGUAUUUGGAACUAUUUCCUGUUUCCUUCCUGCCCAACGGUCGACGUCUCGGACACGGGUCGCAGCCGUUGCUUAUAGUCUCUUUUUCAGUUAGCACAAAGCCCACGGAACCCCCACGUUUGACUUUGAUAUCGCUGUCGUGAACCCCCGCCCCGGAGAUGCUGACGCCGACCGCGUAGCUGGAGCUGUCGGUGGACCAGUCACCGGUGGUACUGGUGGUGCAGGAGUUCUCAGCUUCACGUCGCAACGCGUCGCGCAGGCGGUCCGCGAAGCUCAUUCGUCGCUCCUCCGUAGACAGGUCUUUGGAGUAUUGGAAUGAAUUGGGCCGGGCGCUCUCGCCUCUGCCUUCGUCUUCGCUGCCACCAUAAUCGAAGCUGUCGUUAGCGCUGUGGUACUCGUCAUCGCUGGAGUUGCAGCUGGAAUAGAGGCUGUCCUCCUGCGUGUCGAGGGUCGGCAGCCCCGGGCUCCUGGUUACCGGCAGACACUCUCCCGAAGAGCCUAGCACGAUGAACCUGCCCCGUCGGUUGUUUAGCGUGUCCGUGUCGGGGGAGAGCCAACAUUUUCGUUUUGUUAGUUCGACACUAGGAUCGUUAAGGUUUAUUGUAGCCGCGCAGUAGUUUUGCGGCGACGGACUUCUGCUGUUGAAGCUGUUAAUUGUGCUACAGGAGGAGGCUUGUUUCACGACCACUGUCGCUUCCACUUCUGGAGGCGUGUGGCUGAAUGAUUCACCUAUUGGUGAAAGUCUUCUCUCGUGUCUGGGACUUUUCAUUGGCGUUUGUUGGAAAGCUAGUAGACACUUAUUCAUUUCUCUUAAUACGUUGUCUUCUUCCCAUUGUCCCAAAGGCAAUUUGCUGUAAUCUUCUGCGUCCAUAAGACAUACUGUUACCGUUUUCGGUUCCUCAAGGAGUUCAAUCUUCGUCUUUUGUCUCUUAUCGCAAAUCCUACUAAAUAAUCUGACGCCUUCCACUUUUAGGACCUCGUUGUCUUCGAGCGCCUCCACCGACAGCAUCGCUGGUAGAAGUUCCGGCAUCAUGAACAUCGCUAGCGAUUCCUGUGAUUCCCCGUCGAUCAAAACUUCUCCACCAAUCCUACUCGACGCGAAGCAGACCCUGAUCGCAUCAUCGUUCUCGCACCUCUCAGGUCUUCCUUCGUGCCUCACAAGCAGUUUGCACAGAGGCAAAGUGCACUCUAACCAGUCUUCAAUAGUCAACCAUUGUUUCGAAGUCAUAACCUGACGGCUUAUUUUAAUACAACCAUCUGUACUAUGUUUAUCUAACCACUCAAAAUAAUGCAGCAAGCUUUUUAACUUAUUCCUCUGUGAUUUCCUAUGUAAAUUCUUAAAAAAAUGCGUGAAAUUGAAAUCUUGGAGCGUUGGGUGCGUUUUGAGCGUUCUCUUUGGAAAAGUUGAGAAAAACGCAUGAGCAAUUAAGGACGACACGAAAUUGUAAUCCAGUUCUGUUACAUCACUUUGCUGUUGCAAGCUGAACACGAGCCCUUUAGGCGGUCGCCACUUCUUCAAAUGCAAGGCUCUGUUCACCAUUAUCCUGAUGGUGUUGUCCAGGAAGUUUCUGCGCUCUUCCUCAGUCAUCUCCUCGUCCAGGAACUGUUCCAGCCCUUUCAUCAGCUCUGGGUCUUUGAUGUCAUCAUCUGGAUCUAUGCCUAUGUUGCACAUAUCGUGAAUUUUCAACAUGCUGGCAGUGAGCUUGUGCGGCGCUGAAGCUAAUAGGAGAUGCUUCAGAUGUCGCUGCACAGAGGUCCACCAAGGAAGAUCGCAUGGCAACAUCACUAGCGCCAUUUUUGUAAAGGAUGAGCUGCAGGUCCGAUGUCACAAUAUAAUCAAAAACACUAAAACAACAUAGAGUCACUGUCGCCACGCGACUACCGGCUUCUUUUUGCGUACUUUUCUCAUUGUCUACAGGGAUACGAGAAAAUCUUCCAUUUUCAUGACAAAUAUCUUAUUGCUUGCCCCCAGACAGAAAUAGUGUAGUGAGAGAAAACGCAACAGAACGCGGCACGGGAGCACGCGAACCCCGGCUAUUUAUAACCGCUUUCGUGUUUCGCCGCUGAAAUUAGACUGUAAAUAAAAAGUUUAAGGAGAGUAGGGCCCGGUUAAUCCUUUUUGUGGGUCAUCUCGCGACAGGAUCAUGUGGCUGUAUUGAUAGAACAGUUGAAAGAUGAUUCGUGAAUUCUGAUCGGUUUUAUUGGACUUGCAGUUAUCCGGAAACUUAAUUGUGUGCAUGCUGUGCGUCACGGCCGUCUUAGGUUAGCCGGCGUACAAGGGCUCGGAGCGAGCAGCCUGUUCCGUGGUGCAGGCCGAACUGGCAGCGGCGAGCCGACUUUCACUGAGGGGGCAACUACCCUUGCCCUCCUGGCUGUCGCUCCCACCACCCCCCAGUGACGUCAUAGUCGGCGUCACGACCUACGACGGCGUACAACGCGACGCUGCCGCCGCCCUGUGUUAGCAGGGCUGUCCAUUGAUUUGGCCACGAUUAAUCAAUAUCUAAUGUUUUUGGACACAGUAAAUGCUUGACAAUUGCCGUGACAGUCGCAUUGAAAGAUGCAGAUAAACUAAUGUUAAAAGAAUAAUAAAUAUUGAAGUAUUAAAGAAGACGGUUCAAAACUUACUCAUAAUAAGGCUCUACAAACAAUCAUGUUUUUACUGACAUGAGUAUGAACAAUAAUAAAUAAAGCAAUCCUUCUUCAAUAGAGUUUACUACUAAACUGACUCCUACGGCAUGCCUAGACUAAAUCAAUAGUUUUUAAAUUUGACAGCCCUGAAUACCUGGUUCGUAAUAACUGCUCGUGAAAUGUCGCUGGGCACAUUAUAUAAAGCACAACAUACAAAGUAUACAGCCUGCGUCAGCACGGCGCGUCACUUAAGCCGGUUAAGGUCACAAAAUAAGUUGAAAGGGCACAGUUUAAACAUUUAAAUUAAAAAAUAUUUACCAGUUGUUGAGAAAAUGGUACGCCAAAGCUCUUAUAUUUAAAGCCGGUCCUCAAAAUUUGGUUCUUCUAAAUAGGUACCAGUAUCCAAUAUUAAUUUCUGUCGAAAGUUGAUUCGGCAUUGGUCUCGUUUUUAGGAUCCAAGUAACGGCCCACUCCUCUUGAUGCCGGUGUCUAUUUUUAGAUCCAGGUUCAAUUCUUGGAAGUUGCUCCCAAACACACAGAAUCAGGCUCAUCUAGGUAAAUAGACACUAUUAUAUACUAUACAUAAUUAUAUUACCAUGGUCUUUCAUGCCAAAUGAGCGCUGGCCGAGUCUCCCGCCACGCCUGCAUCAAUGACGUCAUCCGCAGAGCUCUUGUUGCAGUCAACGUGCCAGCGGUCCUUGAGCCUAGCGGCAUCUUUCGUGACGAUGGCAAGAGACCUGACGGAAUGACGCUCAUUCCGUGGAAGCAGGGUCGCCCUCUUGUGUGGGACGCAACUUGCGCGCGGAUACGCUUGCUCCGUGCCACACAGAGAGCACCUCCCUUGCUGCGGGUGCGGCGGCGGACUCUGCUGAAUGCUCUAAACGGCGCAAAUAUUCAGCUCUCAAUGAGAACUAUAUAUUUGUGCCGUUUGGUGUUGAGACCAUGGGCCCACGGGGUCCAAGCGCUCGUUCCUUU